CCUCUCCACAUGCACUCCGGACUUUUGGGCAGCCCAUGCGGGAGUGAAGUCCGGGGUGAGAGGCGAGCCAGUUGCCGGCAGGAAAGGGCAUGGCUCGAACAGCUCGAGAAGGGGGCUUCGAAGCUACCUCUAUAUAACGUGUGUCCCCUGAACUCGUCGCGAGCAAGUUUGAGUCCAUUAUCCUUCUCCCCCUCCUCUCCCAACCACCAUAAUCAUGAAGGUCCUCGCCCCCCUGAUGCUGGCCGGCGCCGCCAGCGCCCACACCAUCUUCUCCUCGCUCGAGGUUGGCGGUGUCAACCAGGGUGUCGGUCAGGGUGUCCGCGUGCCCUCGUACAACGGCCCCAUCGAGGACGUCACGUCCAACUCGCUGGCCUGCAACGGCAACCCCAACCCCACCCAGUCCACCUCCAAGGUCAUCACCGUCCAGGCCGGCGAGAGCGUGACCGCCGUCUGGCGGUACAUGCUGAGCACCACCGGCUCGGCCCCGAACGAUGUCAUGGACAGCAGCCACAAGGGUCCCACCUUGGCCUACCUCAAGAAGGUCGGCGACGCCACCUCCGACUCGGGCGUCGGUGGCGGCUGGUUCAAGAUCCAGCAGGACGGCUACAGCAACGGUGUCUGGGGUACCGAGAAGGUCAUCAACGGCCAGGGCCGCCACAGCAUCAAGAUCCCGGAGUGCAUUGCCCCGGGCCAGUACCUCCUCCGUGCUGAGAUGAUCGCCCUGCACGGCGCCGGGAACUACCCGGGUGCGCAGUUCUACAUGGAGUGCGCUCAGAUUAAUGUCGUUGGCGGCUCCGGCAGCAAGACGCCCUCGAACACCGUCAGCUUCCCCGGUGCUUACAAGGGCACCGACCCCGGAGUCAAAAUCAGCAUCUACUGGCCCCCGGUCGAGAACUACCAGAUCCCCGGCCCCAGCGUCUUCACCUGCUAAACGCUUUUAGCGAGGUGGUGAUACAGUGGCGGAUCUGGGAGACGGUGAUGAUAUUGCAUGGUGUGGUGGCGUUGCAUCCACGGGGGUGGCCAU